AUGUCGACUGGGGACAGUUUUGAGACUCGGUUUGAAAAAAUCGACAACCUGCUGCGGGAUCCCAAAUCGGAAGUGAAUUCAGAUUGUCUGCUGGAUGGAUUGGAUGCUUUGGUAUAUGAUUUGGAUUUUCCUGCCUUAAGAAAAAACAAAAAUAUUGACAACUUUUUAAGCAGAUAUAAAGACACUAUAAAUAAAAUUAGAGAUUUACGAAUGAAAGCUGAAGAUUAUGAAGUAGUGAAGGUGAUUGGUAGAGGUGCAUUUGGAGAAGUUCAAUUGGUAAGGCAUAAAUCCACCAGGAAGGUAUACGCUAUGAAGCUCCUCAGCAAAUUUGAAAUGAUUAAGAGAUCUGAUUCUGCUUUUUUCUGGGAAGAAAGGGACAUCAUGGCUUUUGCUAACAGUCCUUGGGUUGUUCAGCUAUUUUAUGCAUUCCAAGAUGAUCGUUAUCUCUACAUGGUAAUGGAAUACAUGCCUGGUGGAGAUCUUGUAAAUUUAAUGAGCAACUAUGAUGUGCCUGAAAAAUGGGCCCGAUUCUAUACUGCAGAAGUAGUUCUUGCAUUGGAUGCAAUCCAUUCCAUGGGUUUUAUCCAUAGAGAUGUGAAGCCUGAUAACAUGCUGCUGGAUAAAUCUGGACAUUUGAAGUUAGCAGAUUUUGGUACUUGUAUGAAGAUGAAUAAGGAAGGCAUGGUACGAUGUGAUACAGCAGUUGGAACACCUGAUUAUAUUUCCCCUGAAGUAUUAAAAUCUCAAGGUGGCGAUGGUUAUUAUGGACGAGAAUGUGAUUGGUGGUCAGUUGGGGUAUUUUUAUAUGAAAUGCUUGUAGGUGAUACACCGUUUUAUGCAGAUUCUCUGGUUGGAACUUACAGUAAAAUUAUGAACCAUAAAAAUUCUCUUACCUUCCCUGAUGAUAAUGACAUAUCAAAAGAAGCAAAAAAUCUUAUUUGUGCCUUCCUUACUGACAGAGAGGUGAGAUUAGGGCGAAAUGGUGUAGAAGAAAUCAAACGACAUCUCUUCUUCAAAAAUGAUCAGUGGGCUUGGGAAACACUUCGAGACACUGUAGCACCAGUUGUACCUGAUUUAAGUAGUGACAUAGAUACAAGUAACUUUGAUGACUUGGAAGAAGAUAAAGGAGAUGAAGAAACAUUCCCUAUACCUAAAGCUUUUGUUGGCAAUCAACUACCUUUUGUAGGAUUUACAUAUUAUAGCAAUCGUAGAUACUUAUCUUCAGCAAAUCCUAACGAUAACAGAACUAGCUCUAAUGUGGAUAAAAGCUUGGAAAAUUUGCAGAAAACAAUUUACAAGCUGGAAGAACAGUUACAUAAUGAAAUGCAAUUAAAAGAUGAAAUGGAGCAGAAGUGCAGAACGUCAAACAUAAAACUAGACAAGAUAAUGAAAGAAUUGGACGAAGAGGGGAAUCAAAGAAGAAAUCUAGAAUCUACAGUAUCUCAGAUUGAGAAGGAGAAAAUGUUGCUACAGCACAGAAUUAAUGAAUACCAAAGAAAAGCAGAACAGGAAAAUGAGAAGAGGAGGAAUGUAGAAAAUGAAGUUUCUACAUUAAAGGAUCAGUUGGAAGACUUAAAGAAAGUCAGCCAGAAUUCACAGCUUGCUAAUGAGAAGCUGGCACAAUUACAAAAGCAGCUAGAAGAAGCCAAUGACUUACUUAGGACAGAAUCAGACACAGCGGUUAGAUUAAGGAAGAGUCACACAGAGAUGAGCAAAUCCAUCACUCAGCUAGAGUCCCUAAACAGAGAACUGCAGGAGAGAAAUAGAAUUUUAGAGAAUUCCAAGUCACAGAUGGACAAAGAUUAUUACCAACUGCAGGCUGUAUUAGAAGCCGAACGAAGAGACAGAGGUCAUGAUUCUGAGAAGAUUGGAGACCUACAAGCUCGAAUUACAUCUUUACAAGAGGAGGUGAAGCAUCUCAAACAUAAUCUUGAAAGAGUGGAAGGAGAAAGAAAAGAGGCUCAAGACAUGCUUAAUCAUUCAGAAAAGGAAAAGAAUAACUUAGAAAUAGAUUUAAACUACAAGCUUAAAUCAUUACAGCAACGGUUAGAACAGGAGGUAAAUGAACAUAAAGUAACCAAAGCUCGUUUAACUGACAAACAUCAAUCUAUUGAAGAGGCAAAGUCUGUUGCAAUGUGUGAGAUGGAAAAAAAGCUGAAGGAGGAGAGAGAAGCUCGAGAGAAGGCUGAAAAUAGGGUUGUUCAGAUUGAGAAGCAGUGUUCUAUGCUAGAUGUUGAUCUGAAACAAUCUCAGCAGAAGCUGGAGCAUUUGAUUGAAAAUAAAGACAGGAUGGAGGAUGAAGUUAAGAAUCUAACCCUGCAGCUGGAGCAGGAAUCAAAUAAGCGACUGUUGUUACAAAAUGAAUUGAAGACUCAAGCAUUUGAGGCAGACAAUUUAAAAGGUUUAGAAAAGCAGAUGAAACAGGAAAUAAAUACUUUAUUGGAAGCAAAGAGAUUAUUAGAAUUUGAAUUCGCUCAGCUUACAAAGCAGUACAGAGGGAAUGAAGGGCAGAUGCGGGAGCUGCAGGAUCAGCUGGAAGCGGAGCAGUAUUUCUCGACACUUUAUAAAACCCAGGUAAAGGAACUUAAGGAAGAAAUUGAAGAAAAAAACAGAGAAAACUUAAAGAAAAUACAGGAACUACAAAGUGAAAAAGAAACUCUUGCUACUCAGUUGGAUCUAGCGGAAACAAAGGCUGAAUCUGAGCAGUUGGCUCGAGGGCUUCUGGAAGAGCAGUAUUUUGAACUGACCCAAGAAAGCAAGAAAGCUGCUUCAAGAAAUAGACAAGAGAUUACAGAUAAAGAUCACACUCUUAGUCAGCUUGAAGAAACGAACAGCAUGCUAACCAAAGAUAUUGAAUUAUUAAGAAAAGAAAAUGAAGAGAUAACUGAUAAAAUGAGGAAGGCAGAGGAAGAAUAUAAAUUGAAGAAGGAGGAGGAAAUCAAUAUCCUUAAGGCUGCCUUUGAAAAGAAUAUCAAUACAGAACGAACCCUUAAAACACAGGCUGUUAACAAGUUGGCAGAAAUAAUGAAUCGAAAGGACUUUAAAAUCGAUAGAAAGAAAGCAAAUACACAGGAUUUGAGAAAGAAAGAAAAAGAAAAUCGAAAGCUCCAACUUGAACUCAACCAGGAAAGAGAGAAGUUCAACCAAAUGGUAGUGAAACAUCAAAAGGAGCUGAAUGAAAUGCAAGCGCAAUUGGUAGAAGAAUGUACACAUAAGAAUGAGCUUCAGAUGCAGUUGGCCAGCAAAGAGAGUGACAUUGAGCAGCUGCGUGCCAAACUUUUGGACCUUUCAGAUUCUACAAGUGUUGCUAGUUUUCCCAGUGCUGAUGAAACUGAUGGAAAUCUUCCAGAAUCAAGAAUUGAAGGUUGGCUUUCAAUACCAAAUAGAGGAAAUAUCAAAAGAUAUGGCUGGAAGAAACAGUAUGUUGUGGUAAGCAGCAAAAAAAUUUUGUUCUAUAAUGAUGAACAAGAUAAGGAACAAUCCAAUCCAUCUAUGGUAUUGGACAUUGAUAAAUUGUUUCAUGUUCGUCCUGUAACACAAGGAGAUGUGUACAGAGCUGAAACUGAAGAAAUUCCUAAAAUAUUCCAGAUACUAUAUGCAAAUGAAGGUGAAUGUAGAAAAGACUUAGAGGUGGAACCAGUACAACAAGCUGAAAAAACAAAUUUUCAAAACCACAAAGGCCAUGAGUUCAUUCCUACACUCUACCACUUUCCCGCCAACUGUGAGGCCUGUGCCAAACCUCUCUGGCAUGUUUUUAAGCCACCCCCUGCCCUGGAGUGUCGAAGAUGCCAUGUUAAGUGCCACAGAGACCACAUAGAUAAGAAAGAGGACUUGAUUUCUCCAUGUAAAGUAAGUUAUGAUGUAACAUCAGCAAGAGAUAUGCUGCUACUAGCGUGUUCUCAGGAUGAACAAAAAAAAUGGGUAACUCAUUUAAUAAAGAAGAUCCCUAAGAAUCCACCAUCUGGUUUUGUGCGUGCGUCCCCUCGGACACUUUCUACAAGGUCCACUGCAAAUCAGUCUUUCCGGAAAGUGGUCAAAAAUACAUCUGGAAAAGCUAGGUAA